AUGGUUGCACAACAACAUAUUGAUACUGGUGGCGGUGUACCAUCUGUUGCAGCACCAACAACAAACAAAGUUAUAGAUGAAGCUCAACAAAUGGUACAAGAGCGUUUCAUCGCCUUCAUAGAGUGCUUCAAAGAUAGUAUCCACAAUCGAAUCAAUCGUAAUCGCAACAAGAAUAGUAAUAAUAAUAGUAAUAUAGAUGAAAAGGAAGAGGAAGAUGAAGACGAAGAUGACGAAGAUGAAGAUGAAGACGCAAUGGAUAUGGAUAAAGAUGGAGGUGGACGUGGCAAGAAAGGUGCAGACAAAGAAUAUAUAUUAUAUAGACAACAGAUAAAGGAUAUGCUAAUGAAUGAUGGAUCAUUCUUGUAUGUUGACUAUCAACAUUUGUCAUCUCAUGAUAAUGUGUUGGCCAAUGUAAUCUCUUGCGAAUACCUUCGCCACGAACAAACGCUCAAUCGCUGCGUGACAAUAUUGGCGCGUAGACAUCACCCGCAACUAUUCAUCAACAAGCCGGAUGGCGCGGCCGGCACCAAGACCUACCAGGUGUGCUUCUACAACAUGCCCGACGUGCUCAAGAUCCGCCAGCUGCGGACACAGAUGGUGGGCCGUCUGGCGGCCAUCACAGGCACCGUGACGAGGGCCAGCGAGAUCCGCCCCGAGCUGCUGAUCGGCUCAUUCAUCUGCAUGGACUGCCGCAACUACUCGGACAAGGUGCCCCAGGAGUUCAAGUAUACCGAGCCAAUCAAGUGCACGAUGCCCUCCUGCAGCAACAAUCGUCGCUGGAACAUCUGCAUGGAGACGUCGACGUUUUGCGACUGGCAAAAGGUGCGCAUUCAGGAGAACAGCGAGGACAUCCCGUCGGGCAGCAUGCCGCGCUCCAUCGACAUUGUGCUGCGUGGCGAGGCGGUCGAGUCGGCGCGCGCCGGAGACAAGGUGAUCUUCUACGGCACGCUCAUGGUCAUCCCGGAUGUGUCGCGUAUGCAGAUUGGUCAGAACGCCACAAUCAUUCGAGGUUCGUCCAAUGUCUCAUCCGAGGGUGCCGGGUCCAAGUCCGAGGACUUUGGUGGAGUAUCCGGCAUGAAGGAUCUAGGUGUACGCGAGAUGUCCUACCGUCUCUGUUUCCUUUCCACCUGUGUACGCUCACAUGGAUCAAGUAUAAGGGCACUGAACAUCAAAGAGGAGAACUCAGAGGCUGUGGCAUCCAGCGCUCAGACUCCAGAGUCAUUCAUGGAGGCUUUGCCAAAGAAUGAGCGAGAUAGGUUGGAGAUGAUGCUAAAGUCAAAGAGGUUGUACAGUCGUUUGGUGUCAUCGAUUGCCCCAUCGAUCUUUGGCCACGAGGACAUCAAGAAGGGCGUGCUGCUGAUGCUCUUUGGCGGUGUGCACAAGAAGACACCAGAGAAGAUCAGACUGCGUGGCGAUAUCAAUGUGUGCAUCGUGGGCGAUCCCUCCACAUCAAAGAGUCAGUUCCUCAAGUACCUGGUGUCGUUCCUGCCGCGCACGGUCUACACGUCAGGCAAGGCCUCGUCUGCGGCCGGUCUCACGGCCACCGUCGUCAGGGAUCCAGACACUGGCGACUUCAAUAUAGAGGCAGGCGCACUAAUGCUUGCAGACAAUGGCAUCUGUUGCAUCGACGAGUUUGACAAGAUGGACCCCGCCGAUCAAGUGGCCAUUCACGAGGCAAUGGAGCAACAGACCAUCUCCAUCGCUAAGGCCGGCAUCCACGCCACCUUGAACGCACGUGCCAGUAUCCUGGCCGCAGCCAACCCAAUUGGAGGUAGAUACGACAAGACCAAAUCAUUGAAGGCCAACCUAAACAUUGGCGCGGCAUUGAUGUCGAGAUUCGACUUGUUCUUCAUUGUGACGGACGAGUGCAAUGCAGACUUGGACAAGAUGAUUGCGCAACAUAUCGUGGCCGUGCAUCAAAAGAAAGAGGGCAUCGAGCGAGACUUCUCAUUAGACGACAUCAAGAACUACAUUGCCUACGCCAAGACCUACAAUCCAGUUAUUACACCAGAGGCAGCAGAGCUGUUUGAGGAAUACUACAAGAAGCUGAGAAAUGACGUAUCACUGAGUGGAGCCGGUGGCGCAGCAUAUAGGAUUACAGUCAGACAGUUGGAGUCGAUGAUUAGACUGUCUGAAGCAUACGCCAGACUGAUGCUCUCGGACAAGGUGCUUCCAAAGCACGUGCACGAGGCCGCCAGACUGCUGAAGAAGUCUGUGGUGCAUGUGCGCUCUGAGGACGUCGACCUGGAGAUGCCCGAUGGCGAACUAAUGGUCAUCUCAUCGGAGAAGUACCACGAGCUAUGCCAAGUGAUCUUGCUCUAUCUCAGGAAGAUGAACGAGGGCAAGCUACAGCGCGAAAUACUCGAGUGGUACAUUCAAUCGGAGCAAGAGGCCGAUGUCCUGACGGACGUUGAGGCCGAGACCAACUGUAUGCGGGCGCUCAUCAAUAAGAUGAUCAAAGAGAAGAAGCUGACAGUAGUGUCCAACAGUGGCGACCCCAACGAGCGACGUCUAAUGGUACAUGUAAGCAAUCUCGAGUAA